AUGAGCUGGGAACAUCGUGUCAGCCAAUUUCAAGAAACUUCAGCUGGAAUUUCAAUUCUAGCCAAUUUACUUCUAAUAUUCCUAAUCAUUUUCAAAUCACCAAAACAAAUUGGCCCAUAUAAAUAUUUAAUGAUUUAUAUAUCAUUUUUCGAAAUUUGCUAUUCAAUUAUGGACGUUAUCAUGAAACCUAUGAUAUUCUCUCAUGCUUCAUUUUUUCUAGUAUUUUCGAAUUUCGGAAAACUUCCCUUUUCAAGUGAAAUAAGUUAUAUUUUGUUUAUGAUUUGGACUGGAUUUUUCGGAACUUUUAUGGCAAUAUUUGUUCUACAAUUUUUUUAUCGAUAUUUGGUUGCAACUAAAUCUUCACUUUCAACAUUCAAUGAUUAUCGAAUAAUUUAUUGGAUGAUAAUUCCCCAAAUAUCUGGUAUAUUCUGGGCAACAUUUAUUCAUUUUCUUUUACAUCCAAAUCAAAAUACUGAGAAUUAUAUCAGAAACAUGUUACUGGUUGAAUUCGACUGGAAAAUAGAGGAAACAGUUUAUUUCGGAGCAUAUCUUUAUCAACUUAAUGAAAAUAACAAUUCAUAUGAGUUUGAUUGGGAUUCGAUGAUUGGUAUUAUCUUGGGAUGGAUAAUUGUUAUCAUUUCAUUAGUUCUUGUCUUAUUUUUCGCAAUCAAGUGCUAUUUGAACAUUAAUUCAUACUUUCUGAAUGACAAUAAUAAUAAUAAUAAUAUGAUUUCCAAAAAUUUAAUUCGACUUCAGUAUCAAUUAUUUUACGCCUUAGUUACACAAACUUUGAUUCCAGUCAUUUUAAUGCAUAUUCCAAUUGCAAUCAUAUUUAUCUCUACAAUUUUAGCUUACGACUUAAGUCAUACUAGUAGUCUAUUUAGCAUCACGAUUGCACUAUUUCCAGCACUGGAUCCAUUUCCAUGCAUGAUUAUCAUUCAAAAUUAUCGAAAUGUUGUUUCAAAAGUGGUAACAACUCCUAUUUUUAUACUUGUAAAAAGAAAAAUCUAAUUGUUUUGAAUAAAUUAUUGUACUUAUAAGCACCGUAUCACCCAAUUUCUAGAAACAACCACUUUUCAAGUUUACUGUUCAAAAAUUGAAACUGGAAUAAUUGACGAUGAGCUCAACACUUCCCUUGUGAUACUGUAUAGAUUGUCUCGAAAACCCAUGUUCCCAGACAUAUUUUAUUUGUCUUCGAAAAACUGAUUCCCCUCCAAAUUCUUCUCAUUUCAUUCGUAUCAAAAAUGAUUCUGAAACAGUUACUUUUUCUAUUUCUACAGUUUUUCAAUGUGUAUUCCGAAGGCAGAUUUGAUGAGAUGUUUGAAGAUAUCAUGAUUUCGUGAGUUAGCUCAACUAUACCAGGUUCAAAGUUCUUCAAGUUCUCAUUGAUUCAGAAUUUUACAAGUUAGUAGUCGUACAAAUGGAAAAUUUACCGAAGCUAUGAAAAAUCUUCAAGAAUCAAUAACUGGAACAAAAAUGGAAAUAGUGGUGUGUGGUCAGGUUUUAUCUGAAAAUUCUGGUCCACAAAAAUUGUUUGAUUAUCUAAAUUUGGAAUCAGUUAAAUUCAGCGAAACACUCGAUGAAAAACCGCAAUAUGAAUAUAAGGAAAGCAUAAAUCACAAAUGGAAUGCAAAAUUGAAAAUCAGACUUCGAAGUCCGAUGGGAUUCCAAAUGACACGUUUUAUUUCUAUUAAUGCAACUUCGGCUGAGAUGAAUCUUCCGAUUCAGUUAGCCCAUAUGAAAAAAUUGACAUUUCAUCGAUUCGAAAUCACUGGAGGUUGUGUGGGUUCGGAAAAUUUUGAUAGAUCAUUGAUAAAAGAUGAAUGGGAACCGAAAACAAUAAAAGUUCGGCAUUCAGCAAGAGAAGUGAUGAAAAUAGUUGCUGAAUCGUAAGUUUGAAAUAAUAAGGUUUUGAAAAAUCUUUUCAAAAAUUUAGAAUCACGUUAUACAAUCAAGAAUGGUUAUUCGAUGAUAGAAGUCUGAUUUACAACGAAAAACAACUUCGUUUGGAAUUUGGUGAGCUCUAGAAUUUUAAAAUCAUACAACUAUAGAUGUUGCAGAGGACUUUAACGCAUUCACAGAUGCAUUUCUCGAUAGAUAUAGACGUCGAAAUGACUUGAAAGUGCUUCCACUAACAGACGAACAAAAAAGAAUGAAUCACGAAUCAAAAGUUGAAACAGUUAUCAUAACUGAAAGUGUAGAUCAUAUGGUUUUUCAAACAUCUCAAAUUUUCGAGAAACGAAGAGAUGAAUCGAAAAAGGAAAUUUGGCAUUAUUUAAUUGAAAUUUCUUGUGAAGAACAUAAUAUGGAAUAUUGGUUAAUUCGAAGAAUGCAUUUUAGACCAUCUUAUGAGUUUAUUAAUAACAAGGAACGAAAUGUGGAAUUAAUGACAUCUGAUAUAGGUUUUCUAUUGGAAGAGUAAGUUAUUUUGUUGGAUAACCAAUUCAAAAAUAUUUUAGAAUCGAAAUCACCGCAAGAAAUCAAUCAAGAGUUCGUGCAUAUUUCGAUAUUCGAAGACUAAAAAAUGUCAUAAAAUUCGAGAGUCCAUACUUGAUACCAAAACAUAUUAGCGCAAAAGAUGUAUUUCUCAAAUACUUCACAUCACCUCCAUCUCUUAUAGUAAUGUUUAUCUGAUACUAAUCUAAUCAUUUGAGACUUUUUAUUUCAGUUCGAUAGUUGCACAACAAAACUAGAUGAUAAAAAAUCUGAUACAGAAAUUUCAGCCAAGUUUGGUUGUGUACAUUAUUAUCCAAAACCAAACAACAAAAAAGACGGAUACAGACAUUUCAACAUUGAAGUUAGCGGAGAAUUGGUAAGAAUUAUAUCAGAGUGAAAAUUAAUUGUUGCCACCACAAAAUCUUUCAGGAUCCCAAACGAGAUAUUGUGAAGAUUCAUCAGCUUCUGAUAAAGGAUGCGGUGCGUGCGGUAAGUCUUUUUCAAAUCAACAAAAAGUUAGAACUCCAGAAUUUCAGGGAGUGAAUAGUAAAGGAGUGAAAGCAAGAGAUUGGGCGUUGACAGUUUCUAAACUGUAAGUUUUAUUGAUUUUCUAGAAAGUUCUGGCAUCUUUCCGAAGAUUGAAAAGCGCGCUCGAAUGGCGAAUUUUAUUGUUAGAUGGUCCAAACCUUUUUUGUGGCUUUUCAGAUUGGUUGGAACAUCAAGUUUGGAAUAUCAGAAUUGGGAAUCAAGCAUGAAAUAUUUUGCGGAUAUUAUGCUCAAUUUUUCGGGCGAUUUAGGUUUCAAGUUCGAAUUUUGUGGAAAAAAGUUUGCAGGAUUAGAAGGAAAAAACUUGUUCAUAAGUUAUCUAAAGCACAAGAGAAGACAAAACAAACUCAUGAAAUUUGAUAUAGUUUUGGCUCCAAGAAAAGAAAGCCGGGGUGUUGAAGCACUAGUAUUUGGACUUAACUUCUGGUCAAGGAAUAUUUUGGGAUUUUAUGAGUGGCAGCUUUUUAGGAUCUCUUUGCCUAAAAGCGCUAAUUUCCUACAUUAUUUUAACGAGGUUAGCGUGAACGAUUAUAUUUCAACAGAUGACUUUAAUUCGAGUAGAAUUUUGCCACUCGAUAGUUCAAUGCUUUCUCAUCCACAAAGAACAGAUCAUAUUGAUGAAUUCAUGAAUAAAUUCGAGUGAGUUGUGCUAAGUCUCAAUGAGCAUUUGAAAUGAAUCAGUUUCAGAUUACCAUUUAUCGACAAUGGUGGUUCCACGGAUUAUACGUAUCAUGAGAAGUUUGAAGCGAUAAUUGAGGCGAAUCCGAAUAUUCACGCAAAAUAUGAUUAUAAUGAGUUCAGAAUUUAUUUGCAAUAUUUUGCGAGUUAUAACAAAUUACGGAGAGAUUAUUUUGUAAGUGCAAAGUGAUUGCCAAUUGACCGCAACGCACACGCGUCGCGUUUCCGAUCCCGAUCCCUAAAUAUAAUUUUCACCAGGUGAACAAUCGAGACAAAAGAUUGGACAUGAAGAUUCUAACUAACGAACCAAAUCACUUUGCACUAACCAUAACAAUGGUUUUCGAUAAUUUUAUUCUGAACAAAAAUCAAUCAUCGGGAGAUUUUUAUACUUUUAUGAUGAAGGUAAUUAAAAUCAGAGAUGAUUGGAAAAUCAGCAAUAUGAUUAUAACCCCACCGUUUCUUUUGCUUGACACGGAUACUCUUCAAAAAAGAUCAGCAACGAAUCACAGAGAAAUCAUCAAUCAAGAGUGGGUAUAUGUACUAUUAAAAGCUCCUCAACUUAUUUUUUUCCAGAUUUUUGAGCGUGUUACAAAGUGUUGAGAAUGUUUACCAAGAACCAUCCCCUGAUAUGAUCAAAUUUGAUAAAUGUCAAUUAGACACUUCUAAUUUGAGUGCUUUCGAAGCCCAUAACAAAUUCCUGCAAUUCUGUCGUUAUUUGAGACAACAGAACUUCACAACACCCAUAACUUCAUCAAUCAGACAAGAAAGUGAAGAUUUAGAUCAGUAUAAAUUUAUAAUCACAUACAAAUAUGCUAUUGCUAAAGUUUCGAAAUACGUUGAAAUCGAAUUUGUUACCGAAUAUGUGAGUUUUUUAAUGUUUUUUUGAUAUUUGAAUGCUAAAAUUUCAGGAACAAAAACUAGGAUUGUACAAUAAUAAGAAAAUAAUUCUUUCGUGUCCAGUGACUGUUUAA